AGCCGUGCGGCCUGCCGUAGUGGCGCGGGGCAUUGUGGUCCCUGACCAAGAUGGCGUCCUCCGUCCGGGCGGAAUGAGGGGCCGCCGACCGGGAGUCCCAGGUGGCUACACCGGUACCGGCACCUCCUCGUCCCAAUAGGCUGCGUUCCGCGGUCAGCUUCCACCCUCCCCCCCAUCACUUCCUUCCCCUCCUCCCACCCCUUCCCCGACUCGCACUCUCCAGCACCCCCCCCCCCCCCCACCCCGAGGUGGAGGUGGUUGGUUUGGGGCGGGUGGGGGUGGGGAAGGGGGUGAGGUGUCUCUGACUCCCGUUGUACUGAGUGCAGCCGGGCCGCAGCAUGGCUGGAGCCAGCCUCCUGGAGGACCUGCUGGAGGAGGAGCAAGGCGACAUGACCGACUGGAACCUCCCGGUGGCUUUCGUCAAGAAGCGGCACUCGGAGAAAAUCGAGGGCUCCAAGGCGGUCACCCAGAGCUGGCGCAUGAAAGACCGGAUGAAAACUGUCAGUGUUGCCUUAGUUCUAUGCCUAAACGUUGGUGUGGACCCCCCAGAUGUGGUGAAAACUACUCCCUGUGCUCGUUUAGAGUGUUGGAUAGAUCCACUGUCCAUGAGCCCACAAAAAGCAUUGGAAAGUAUUGGUGCUAAUUUACAGAAGCAGUAUGAAAAUUGGCAACCAAGGGCUAGGUAUAAGCAAAGCUUGGAUCCAACAGUGGAUGAAGUUAAAAAACUUUGCACCUCUCUGAGACGCAAUGCUAAGGAAGAGCGUGUGCUUUUCCAUUACAAUGGACAUGGAGUGCCAAGACCGACAGUGAAUGGCGAAAUCUGGGUAUUCAAUAAGAAUUAUACCCAGUAUAUUCCUCUUUCUAUAUAUGACCUUCAGACUUGGAUGGGGAGCCCCUCAAUAUUUGUGUAUGACUGCUCAAAUGCUGGAAUCAUAGUGAAGUCAUUUAAGCAGUUUGCAUUGCAGAGGGAGCAGGAAUUGGAGGUUGCAGCUAUCAAUCCAAAUCAUCCACUGGCACAAAUGCCUUUGCCACCAUCAAUGAAGAACUGUAUCCAGUUGGCUGCCUGUGAGGCCACUGAACUUCUGCCCAUGAAUCCAGAUUUACCAGCGGAUCUUUUCACUUCCUGCCUGACUACACCUAUCAAAAUAGCAUUGCGCUGGUUCUGUAUGCAAAGGAGUGCUAAACUGGUGCCUGGAGUUACACUGGACUUGAUAGAAAAAAUUCCGGGAAGACUUAAUGACAGGCGAACUCCCCUUGGCGAACUCAAUUGGAUUUUUACGGCCAUAACAGACACCAUAGCUUGGAAUGUAUUACCAAGAGAUCUCUUCCAAAAAUUAUUUAGGCAAGACUUGUUGGUUGCCAGUUUAUUCCGCAAUUUUCUCUUGGCUGAAAGGAUCAUGAGGUCCUACAACUGUACCCCUGUUAGUAGUCCUCGCCUGCCCCCAACAUACAUGCAUGCUAUGUGGCAAGCUUGGGACCUCGCAGUGGACAUUUGCCUUUCACAACUUCCCACCAUCAUUGAAGAGGGAACAGCUUUUAGGCAUAGUCCAUUCUUCGCUGAGCAGCUAACAGCGUUUCAGGUCUGGCUGACAAUGGGUGUUGAGAACAGGAAUCCACCAGAGCAGUUGCCAAUCGUCUUACAGGUGAGUCAGGCAUUAUCUGUUGGUAUUUUCCCAUACGUUUUGAAACUGCUUCAGAGUUCAGCUCGGGAAUUAAGGCCCCUCUUGGUUUUCAUUUGGGCAAAGAUCUUGGCUGUAGAUAGCUCUUGCCAAGCUGACUUGGUGAAGGACAAUGGUCACAAAUAUUUCCUUUCCGUUUUGGCAGAUCCGUACAUGCCAGCUGAACACCGAACAAUGGCUGCCUUUAUUUUAGCUGUCAUCGUUAAUAAUUAUAAUACAGGACAGGAAGCCUGUUUGCAGGGAAAUCUAAUAGCGAUCUGUUUGGAACAACUGAACGAUCCCCAUCCUUUACUGCGACAAUGGGUGGCUAUUUGUUUGGGGCGUAUCUGGCAGAACUUUGAUGCUGCUCGUUGGUGUGGUGUAAGAGACAUUGCACAUGAGAAAUUGUACAGUCUUCUCUCAGAUCCUAUACCGGAGGUUCGUUGCUCUGCUGUCUUUGCCUUGGGCACAUUUGUUGGGAACUCAGCAGAGAGAACUGACCAUUCCACCACUAUUGAUCACAAUGUAGCAAUGAUGCUGGCCCAACUCAUAAAUGACGGGAGCCCUGUUGUUAGAAAGGAAUUGGUUGUGGCAUUCAGUCAUCUUGUCAUUCAGUAUGAAAGUAAUUUCUGCACCGUGGCAUUGCAGUUCAUGGAAGAAGAAAAGAACUACCCACUUCCUUCCCCUGCCAGUAUAAUCGAACCUGGAAAUUUCACACCCGUGCGUGAUGGGCCAGCAACUCCAAGGCUUCGUUCAGUGAGUUCCUAUGGGAAUAUCCGAGCUGCUACUUCAGUGCGGAACUUGAAUAAAUCUCUUCAGAAUCUUAAUUUAAAUGAAGAAACCGGUGGUUCAAACCCAUUCUCUCCUGGGUAUCUAAGCACCAGCAGUAGUGCCAGUAGUACUCUGGGAAGCCCCGACAAUGAUGAGUACAUCCUUUCGUUUGAAACCAUAGAUAAAAUGAGGAGAGUCAGUUCCUACAGCUCCUUGAAUUCAUUAAUAGGUGUAUCAUUCAACAGCGUCUACACCCAAAUUUGGCGUGUUUUGCUUCAUUUGGCAGCAGAUCCUUUCCCAGAAGUCUCAGACCUUGCUAUGAAGGUGCUCAACAACACAGCUUACAAGGCUACAGUUAAUGCCCGACCACAACGUAUUCUAGAUUCCACAAAUCUCACACAGUCUGCACCAGCCAGUCCUACCAGUAAAGGAACACACAUUCAUCAAGUUGGAGGUUCUCCUCCUAUACCCAGCACUAGUAGUUCCAGUCUAACCAAUGAUGUGAGCAAACAGACAGGACCUAGAGAUAUUUCAGCAGUACCACGACCAGGAGCUGGUGCCACUGGGGGGCCGCAGUACACUCCACAUUCUCAUCAGUUUUCACGAACACGAAAGAUGUUUGAUAAAGGUCCAGAUCAGACUGUUGAAGAUUCGGAGGAUGGAGUUGGACAUAAAAGUUUCAUGUCUACAACUAUGCAAACGGGUUUCUGUGAUUGGAGUGCAAAGUAUUUUGCACAGCCAGUGAUGAAGAUUCCAGAGGAGCACGAUGUUGAAAGCCUGGUUCGGAAGGAGCGCGAGUGGAGAUUCUUGCGUAAUGGGCGCGUUAGAAAACGAGCUGGUUGGAUCAUAGAGAAAGGUAUCACAAGAUUAGAUGACCAGAUCUUUAUAAACAGAAACCCAGGUGUCCCUUCGGUGGUGAAGUUUCAUCCUUUUACUCCUUGUAUAGCAGUGGCUGACAAAGACAGUAUUUGUUUUUGGGAUUGGGAGAAAGGAGAAAAGCUUGACUACUUCCACAACGGGAAUCCCCGGUACACCCGGAUAACUGCAAUGGAAUAUCUGAAUGGACAGGAUUUCUCUCUGCUCCUCUCUGCCACAGAUGAUGGCGCCAUCCGGGUUUGGAAGAACUUUGCAGAUUUGGAAAAGAAUCCAGAGAUGGUGACUGCAUGGCAAGGGUUAUCUGACAUGCUGCCGACCACCAGAGGUGCUGGCAUGGUUGUGGACUGGGAACAGGAGACUGGUCUCUUAAUGACUUCAGGAGAUGUCCGCAUUAUUCGUAUCUGGGACACAGACCGAGAGACAAAAAUACAGGAUAUUCCAACUGGGGCAGACAGUUGUGUGACGAGUCUUUCCUGUGAUUCUACUCGUUCCCUAAUAGUGAGUGGCCUUGGGGAUGGCUCAGUCCGCAUCUACGAUCGGAGAAUGGCUCCCAGUGAAUGCCGUGUAAUGACUUACAGGGAACAUGCUGCAUGGGUGGUAAAAACCUAUCUACAGAAGUCUCCUGAAGGCAAUAUCAUCACUGUGAGUGUAAAUGGAGAUGUGCGAUUUUUUGACCCGCGGAUGCCUGAGUCAGUGAAUGUAAUUCAGACUGUAAAAGGAUUGACGGCGCUGGACUUUCAUCCGCAAGCAAAUCUGUAUGCUUGUGGCUCCAUGAACCAGUUCAUAGCUGUAUAUAAUGCAAGUGGGGAUGUGAUAAGCAAUAUUAAAUACUAUGAUGGAUUUAUGGGGCAGAGGAUUGGAGCCAUUAGCUGCUUGGCUUUCCACCCGUAUUGGCCUCACUUAGCUGUUGGAAGCAACGACUACUACAUGUCUAUAUAUUCAGCAGAGAAGCGAAUUAGAUAACGAUGAAUCACACAGCCUUGCUUGUCCAUUUUACGGAACUUGUGAUCAAUGCAGAUGCUGUAUAUUACUUCUAAUGUACAUAUAAAAUUAUUUACUUGAACGUCUGGUGACAGCUGCUGCAAGACAUGACUUGAACAAUUUUCUCAAUAAAUACUUCAGCUACUGUAGGGCAAUUCACUGCAAUGGUCAUGGUAUGUCUUGUUGUAAGAACAUGGCUGCCAAGCUUUUUUUUUGAAGACUUGUCUAGACCUUAAAUUUUGUUUAUUUUUAUUUUUGUUUCUUUUGUGAAUUAGAUUUUAGCAUUCAAAUUAAUAUAAUUUACCCAGUCAUGACUGCCUGAGGAUAUUGUAACAACUGUGCAUAAAUUAUAAAUUCUAUCAGCUCCCUUGGUAGACAAGUCUUAUGAAAAAGACUAAUAAAACCUUGGCUCACCAACCAUAUUAAAAUGCUAGUAGCUACUCUGGUGGACUAUUAAAAAGCUCACAUCCUUAAUGUGGUGUUACCUUUGUGAGCAUUAUUUUAUCCAUAAAUUGUAGCAAUUCCACACAAAGAAAAUCAUGAUAUUCUGAAACAUUGUACAGACUUCUUUAUGAUUUGUUUUGCUUUUUCCCUUUUUGUGAUUUAAUUUUACAAAAUAAUUGCUAAUUGUAAUAGAAAACUCAAAUCAAAUCACACAAAUAACCAAUGAUGGAAAAGGAGACCUGAGCAGAACCUGAGUGAUAUUCUCUCACCUGUUGAAUGUAAAUAAAACUAUUAAAGAAGUGGAAACUGGCCUGUGAAUGUUAUUCUCGUGAUAAUUCAUGCACCUAGUCUUUGGACUGAUAUGAAGACUGAGCGUUGAGACUAGUGUGAUAUUGUUUGUUUGUCUUUAUAUUUUAAUGUAAAGCUGCAGCGUGCAUAUUAUGAUCUGACAUCUACAAAACUAUGUAGUGGAAUACUGUUUUAUUAUGUGCAUUAUUGAUUUAAAACAAAUUCAGCAUUGACUUUUUUAAAAUUAGACAGUCAUAAUAUUAACACUAGAUAAGCAGUUGAUUGCAAUUAAACUCAGCUCAUAUUUAAGUAAAAUAUUAAUAUUAAUGCUUUUUACAACGCAAGGAAAGUAUUGGUUCUCAAGUUGCCCCCACACUUUUAUUUUGGUCUUUGCUGUGUAAGUUAAGAGCAAUUUUGAAAAAAAAACAUAGAAAGCACUAUUUCUCAUGUUCAUAGAGUAAAUGUUAAGGAGAGUGAAGGAUGUCUUUUUGAUUGCAAUCUAUAUGUACAGUUUGUUACCUCUGCAUGGAAAUACAGUGUAGAUUCUAACAUCCCUUGUGUAUUAUAAGUUGGUGUUUCUCAGCUGAACUGCUAAAUUGACAAAGGUUUAACUUGGGUGUUCUUUGUUAGCAGAAGCCAAAACUUUAUUAUAGAAACAUGCUUUCAGGUUACCCAUAUGCAUCCAGAACUGCACUUAUAUUAUCAGUUUGGAAAUUGAAGACCCAACAGUUGGAAAUAGCUUUUUGUUUAAAUCAAAUUUGAGUUCAUUCUGCUGUUAAAAAAACAUACUCUCCUUAAUACAGUAAUUGUCUUCUCAUGUAAAAAGUCAGCUUAGUUAAAAUUUAUGGCAUUAACAGCCAUCUGAAAUAAGAUAACUAAGUGUGUUACAAAAUAUCCUGGAAUCCAAAACAUUCAUCAAAUUUGAUUCUUUACUUCAAACAAUGUGGAAAAUCUUUAGUUUCACUUGAAUGUAUUUUAUCACCUUUCUACAUUGAAAGCACAAAAUUAUAAAUGAAAGUAAAUUGGGGAAUUGUUAAAGAAAAAUAAGCCUGUAUAGACUGAAUAUCCAUGUACGUUGUGUAUCUAUGUAAAUGAUUUGGAGUUGGCUAAUGUAUUUUCCUCACUGGAACCUACUGACCUUUCGCCCUAACUAAAAUGAAAUAGCCCAGAUUGAACAUUAUUUAGCAACCAAUGUACUGAAUACUUUAGCUUUUUUGUUUGUAGUGACUUUGUGCUACAAAUUAAAUUGCAGUGCUUAGGAACACUCAAGGUUUCAGUCUUUGUGCGUAGUAUAGAGGUUGGUGGAGCACCUGAGAUUGAAAGGUAUGUUCCCGUUCACUUUUACAUUACUCAAUUUGCAACUAAUUGAUUUUGGAUUAUCAGUAAACAAGACAGCAACUACAAAUCAGCAUUCUUCAGCCUUUUGACCUGUGGGAUUACAUACAACAUAAAUUAGUGAGGAAGAAAGAUCAGUGUAAAUAGGAACUCCUUUUGCUUGACGUUUGUGAGCUCGAUUUCAAAUCUUUAGCCCCGCAGAUCUUUUACCAGGCCAUAGUUUGAACAUCCCUGGCAAAAACAAAAUGCAUUUUGAUUGUAAAUUCUUUGACGUUUAUUAGGUUUCUAUCUUUAACGACCCUGUGUUGAGAAGAUGUUGAAGUAAUUCUCUUUGAACUGAGGCAGUGACUUAUGUUCAGGCUUUAGAUGACAAUUAAUGUGUCACCUGCAGUCUGACAUUACAAAAUCCUAAGAAAAUAUUGGUUGUGAUAAAAAUUCAAAAUGUAUGAAAGCUACUUAUCCCUUUGGAAUUCUUACAUCAAAUAACUAUUGUAAUCUAUCACAACCCAGUGAAGCAUACUGUGAUUGCAGAUGUAUAUCAAAGCAUAAACUUAAUGAUAAUUCACUCCACAUUGCUGUGAAAUAUAAUUUUCAAUAUGUUCUCUUUAAAGAAACUAAAUUGUAAAAAUUCUGGAAAUUACAUCCAAUGUGGUUCCCAUUGGAUUGAAUUAUUUCUAGUUAUUUCUUUUUAAACAACUGCCUGCUUUCUGAGAAUAAAUUGUUGAAAUCCCAAAUCUUCAAUAAUAGGAUGUAGCUGCAAAUAAAUUUUUGUCAUCUUCCAUGUGUUGUUUUUAUUUAUGUAAUUACAAUCGACUCAAAAUAUUCCCAGACAGUCAAGAUUUACUCUGCAUCUUCUACAUUCAAAAGUAUAGUUCCUUAAGCGAUGGAUAAUAUUGUUUUUUAAUUGGCAUUUGAGAUUAAAUUGGUAGCUUUCUAAGAAAUCAUUUUUGAUGAACAAAUAUUGUGAAGAACAUUUACAUUGUUUCAAACCCGAAAAUGAAUACAUACCCGUUACUAAUUUGCAAUAGUUUUGGAUUGUCUGUUUUAUAGGAUUUAACUUACAGUAUCAGAGCUGCAUACCUUUCUAAUAUCCGAUUAUUCAACUAUUACUGAGCUGUGGUGAAAUCUGGAAUAACAACCAAAUGGGUUUGAUGUGGGGCGGAGAAAUACAUCAAUCCUUUUCCUUUCAAAGAUCUCACUGAGGCAAAGUUAAGAUGAAGUCUCUCUUUUAAAUCCACUAACAUUGAUUUUAUGUAAUCUAUUCGGUUUCUGCUGGGGUGUUCCUUUCAUCCAUUUGUUAUCUAUUUACUGCAUAUGGAUUUCAUAUGCCGGGCAUUAAAUCAUUGAGGGAGGAUAUAUUGAUGUGAUACCUCAUGAGCCACUGUUUUGUAUGUCUGCUUUUUAGAUGAAAAUGCACAAUUAAACUAUAUUGGUGAAUAAAUCAA